AUGGCAAAGUCUUCUCCAACAUUCGCAACCCCCCUGCCACAGUCCUCCCGCUCAGAAGUGCUGGAAUGGCAGUUCCCCAAGCCCUACCACCAGUACGUCCUGACCGGCAAGUCCCGGGCGGCGUGGCACACCUCCUUCGUCAUCCCGCAGCUGAACCUUCUCCUCGACGCAGGCCUUGUCGUCAACAACCUGCGCCCAAAGCACAUCUUCAUCACCCAUGGACAUGCUGAUCACUGUUUACUCGCCCCUGCGUUCACAAAGCGCGAGGACCCGCCGGAUGUCGUAUGUCCCGUUGAGAUGAAGAAGGCUUUCGAUGACUUUAUGCUGGCCAAGACACUGCUGAACCGCGGCGGCAUGUACACAACCGAGGACGCCGAAUCUCUGGGCCUGAAACUGGAUGGCCAGGGAGUGGACCAGGAAGGCAGAUCGGAGGGCGAGAGGGCAUUUCUCGGUACUCACAACACCAUAGCCGUCAAAGACGGGGACGUUGUUCCUCUCAGGAAGGUGAAGGGGAUGAGUGCCACCGUGUUCCAGUGCGACCACAACGUACCCAGCGUCGGCUACCUCUUCUCGACCACGACCCACAAGCUGAAGCCGGAGUAUACCUCGCUCCCGGGCCCGGAGCUCAAGAACCUGCGGCAAUCAGGCGUCGAGCUCACGGCACCUGUUACAACGCCCGUUUUUGCGUUCCUUGGAGAUACCACGGCGUCGACGCUGGCUGCGGAACCAGAGUGGCUGAAGCAAGGCAUUCCUGUGGUUAUUACCGAGUGCAGUUUCCUGUACGACGAGCAUGACGCACAAGCCGAGAAGACAAAGCAUACCAAGUGGAAGGAUCUGGAAAAGGUGGUUCGAAAGUGGCCCAAGACUACCUUCAUCAUUAUUCACUUCAGCAUGCGGUAUAGCAAUAAGGAUGUGGUGAACUUCUUUAACGGGCUGGAUGAUCCGCCGAAGAAUAUAGUUGUAUGGGCUGAUGGGCAACCUGAGUAA